AUGGACCCCGUCACACGAAUUUCCUUAAAUACCCAUGUUUUGGUAAAGCUACCUUCUGAUAAUCUGAAAAUCUGCGAGUUGAAAGCGGACAGUGACAUCUCAUUAGGGAAAUUUGGGGCUUUCAGAACAAAUGAUAUCAUUGGGUACCCAUUUGGGACAACUUUUGAGAUUCGAUACGACAAUAUCGCUGACGAUGAAAAUGUAUCCAAGGUUAAGAGCGCUGAUGGCUCUAAGAGCACCAAAGAAAAAUUCAAAAUACCAGUUGGUGACCUCAAAGUCAUAGAUAACAGGCUACUGGCCAGCCGAGCUACAAAUGGCUCUGGUUCAGAUGAGGAAUUCACUCCACAGCCGGAACUUCAACUCAUCGGCAACAGUGAAUCCAAUAAAAAUCUGAUCAACAUUGGCAGCAGCAUCCAGAAACUCUCCAGCGAGGAAAUCGAGCAAUUGAAGCUACAAAGUGCUUCUGGAGAAGACAUCAUCAACAAAAUUAUUGGGGCACACGGCAGUUUCCAUCAGAAAACGGUGUACUCGCAGGAGAAAUAUUUGAAGCGGAAGAAGCAAAAGUUUGCCAAGCGCUUCACUGUUGAGUAUCUAAGCAGUUCCGGUCUUCUGCAGUACUUGCUGGAUAAGGGUGAUGUUGUUCGUGCUAUGGAUAUGUCCGAGGAAAGUUUGGGUAUGAUUUUAAACUUGGCCAAUAUAAGAUCCUCGGGAACCUAUCUAUGUGUGGACGAAACUGGUGGUUUAUUGGUAUACGCUUUGCUCGAACGCAUGUUUGGUGGGAACAAUGACAGUACUGCUGGGGGAAAAAUACUUGUGGUGCAUGAAAACGAACAUGCCAAUCUCGACCUGCUGAAGUUCUCAAAUUACACCGAGGAGUUCAUUCAAGAACAUGUCAAGACUAUAUCAAUUCUUGAUUAUUUCGAGCCUCCCAAGUUGGAAGAUGUCAAAGAAGCGUUAACACCGCUUUCCGAUGAUGAACUAAAGGCCAUGAAGAGCAACAAAAAGGGCGCAUAUUAUCGCCGUCUAAAAUGGUACAACGGUCAGCUCAACAUCAUAGACUGGGCGACUAAGCUUCAAUACGAUGGCUUGGUCGUUGCUUCCACAUUACAUCUCCCAUCAUUCAUACCGAAACUUGGCGAGAGAGUCCACGGCUCUAGACCCAUUGUCUGCUACAGUCAAUUUAGAGAGACGCUGUUGGAACUUUCGCAUGUGUUGUAUGACGAUCUACGAUACCUCGCUCCCAGCGUAAUGGAAACGCGCUGUAGGCCGUUCCAAACCAUCAGAGGUCGGCUUCAUCCUGCCAUGACUAUGAGAGGCGGAGGAGGCUAUCUUAUGUGGUGUCACAGAGUAUUACCGGUGGAUCCGUCCGAGGUAAAAUCAUUAAUGCCAGUUCCCGUGGGCGACUCGGUGACCACAGAGACUAAAAAACAAAAGAUAGAAUAA